ACGACUCUUCCCCUCCACUACGACAUUCAUCCAUUGGCGUAUUUCGUCCUGCUGGCUGUUCCCCUACUUGCUUGUCACAGGGAUACUUGUUUGCAUGCGGUAGUAUUCCUCCAGCAGCUCCCGUUUCCUGGCCAGCGCGCCGGCUGCUCCACGUACCCCUCCAUCGCGAGCUUCUCCCUUCGAACGCAGUAGCUCGCAGCCCAAUAGAGUCCAGCUGUCAACAUGGCCUCCGCAGUGUUCUUUCUGGAUUUGAAGGGCAAGACCCUCCUUGCUCGCAACUACAGAGGAGACAUUCCCAUGUCAGCCGUUGAGAAAUUCCCAGUUCUUCUCAGCGAUGCCGAAGAAGAGUCGUCAGCAGUGCCGCCGUGCUUCUCCCAUGAGGGAAUCAACUACCUGUACAUACGGCACAACAAUCUCUACCUCCUCGCCCUUACGAAACGCAACACGAACGCCGCCGAGAUCAUCCUCUUCCUACACAAGAUCGUCGAGGUCUUUACUGAGUACUUCAAAGUUCUUGAGGAGGAAUCCAUCCGAGACAACUUUGUUGUCAUCUACGAGCUUCUCGACGAGAUGAUGGACUUUGGCUACCCCCAAACCACCGAGUCCAAGAUCCUCCAAGAAUACAUCACCCAGGAGUCCCAUAAGCUCGAGGUACAGGCCAGGCCACCCAUAGCAGUUACGAACUCCGUUUCAUGGCGAUCAGAAGGUAUUCGCUACCGCAAGAACGAGGUCUUCCUCGACGUCGUGGAGAGCCUCAACCUCCUUGUCUCCGCCAACGGCAACGUCCUGCGGUCCGAGAUCCUGGGCGCCAUCAAGAUGAAGUGCUACCUAUCAGGCAUGCCCGAGCUGCGACUGGGCCUGAACGAUAAGGUCAUGUUCGAGACGACGGGGCGCACAACGCGGGGCAAGGCGAUCGAGAUGGAGGAUGUCAAGUUUCAUCAGUGCGUGCGGCUAUCGCGCUUCGAGAACGACCGCACCAUCUCCUUCAUUCCUCCCGACGGAGAGUUCGAGCUCAUGUCGUACCGACUCAACACCCAGGUCAAGCCGCUGAUUUGGGUUGAAUGCGCGGUCGAGAGCUACUCCGGGAGUCGUGUCCAGUAUAUGGUCAAGACACGGGCGCAAUUCAAGCGGCGCAGCACAGCCAACAACGUCGAGAUCAUCGUGCCGGUGCCCGAGGACGCAGACACCCCAAGAUUCAGAACAAAUAUAGGAAGUGUGCACUACGCACCGGAGCAGAGCGCCAUCGUCUGGAAGAUCAAACAAUUUGGAGGUCUUAAGGAGUUCCUCAUGCGGGCAGAGCUAGGCCUACCGAGCGUCCGAGGCGACGACGAGCACGGAGGUGGUAUGACGGGCGGCUUCGGUGGCAGCAUGGGUGGUGUCGGUGCACCCGGCAAGGGGGCCAAGAGGCCGAUCCAGGUCAAGUUUGAGAUUCCGUAUUUUACGACCAGCGGGAUACAGGUGCGGUACUUGAAGAUUACCGAGCCCAAACUGCAAUACCCCUCACUGCCUUGGGUGAGAUAUAUCACGCAGUCGGGUGAUAUCGCGGUGCGCUUGCCAGAUGCUGUCUAGGAGGCGCACACUUUAGAAGGAGGCCACAAGGACGAUGCAGGAGAUUCGGCUCGGCGGCAGUCACAAGACAAUGUCGUCCGCCAGGAUGUGGUUACGGAGAGACAGGGCAGCGGCAAGAGGAGGAGACACUAUACGAGUCAAUACAUCGCACGCCGCCACUGAUGAAUGGUUGGCCCAUUGUAUCUCGUGCUCUUGAUUCAAUAUACCCCUUGGCCUGGGGACAUCGCGUGGUGAUUUGCCACGAACAGAGGCAUACGGUUUGAUCACUCUGUUGAAGCAAGCGGGUUGUUACCAUAAUUCGAGAUGUAUGAUUUAAAUGCUGCCUCAUCG